GCGCCGGCAGAAGCCCAGAGCUAGCCGCCGGCCGCUCAGCCGCUGCACGGGCCCCCGGGCCGCAGGAGGACGGCGAGAGGGGGCUGAGGCUGAGGCGAGCGCUCCAGAGCGGGGAGCGUGCGCCGGGGCCGGGCGCGGAAGGAGGGAGGAGGGUCGCGGAGCUCACGGCCAGCAGCGGAUUAUCCGGGCCGCUCCGUGCCUGGGGGCCGCGACAUGCGCGAGGAGAACAAGGGCAUGCCCAGUGGUGGCGGCGGCGAUGCGGGCCUGGCCAGCGCCGCGGCGCGGGGGCAAGUGGAGAAGGUGCGACAGCUCCUGGAAGCGGGCGCGGAUCCCAACGGAGUCAACCGCUUCGGGAGGCGAGCGAUCCAGGUCAUGAUGAUGGGCAGCGUCCGCGUGGCCGAGCUGCUGCUGCUCCACGGCGCGGAGCCCAACUGCGCGGACCCCGCCACCCUCACCCGACCGGUGCACGACGCCGCCCGGGAGGGCUUCCUGGACACGCUGGGGGCGCUGCACCGGGCCGGGGCGCGGCUGGACGUGCGCGACGCCUGGGGCCGCCUGCCCGUGGACCUGGCUGAGGAGCGAGGCCACCGCGACGUCGCACGGUACCUGCGCGCGGCCGCGGGAGACUGACGGAGGGUUCACCCAGCCGCCCACCACGACUCUUUUCCUCCCCAGUUCCCCACCCCCACCUAGUCCAAUGAAGGCUACCAACGUGGAGCGGCGGAAAGCCUGCAAGCCUUCCGGAGCGACUCCACUCCCUGGAGGAAGGAGGAGCCAACCGGGAACAAGUUUAUAUUCGUUUUCUCUUAAUCUGGAGCUAACCCUCAACACUCACCGUGAAGCCAAACGCGGAGAGGUGGAUUUCCAGCCAUGUUAAGCAGUGCGUGCGGGAAGCUCCAGGGUUUCCGAGUUUUCUGAUGCACGAUGCCCGGGGGUGGAGUGGGAGGAGGCGUUGGGGUCGUCGGUGUGCUCCCCCGCUGACUGCAGGAGGGCUCCGAGCUUGCUCCCACUCUUCGGGCGUUAGCCCCUGGGGGCAAGAGAAAACCUGAAGACUGAGGCCAAGAGGGAUGACGGUUGAGGUGUGGGCUUCAGUAGGUGCCAAGUGCUUUACUCUCUAUUCCCUGUGCGGUGUGCUCUGCUCGGUGCUCAGUAAGUCACCAGUAAAAUGAUUCUCUCUGGAAGCCCUAGGGACAGGAACUUGGCUCCACCAGCUAGCAGAGGGGAGGAGAGGGUGUGGAAGCAACAGCAACGGCUGAUCUGCCUCAUAUCCUAAAAUCCCAGGAUCACGAUGUUGCAGGGGGCAGCUAUGGGACAGGUGCAGGCUCUGGCUCUUAUUCCGUGAAGAGGAGAUUCCCACUGAGUUCUGGAUGCCGCCGAGUCUAACAGGAUGAAGUGGUGGAUUGCAGUGAGAGCAAUUGUAACGGUUAACUGUAACAUUUUGCUUCAUCUAAUAAGAUACAGAAAUCCCCCUAUGAAUUGCUACUUGAAAAGAUUUCGUGAUAUUUUGUACUUUUGAGUUGUUCUUCAGUAACAGUCUUAUUUAAUUGGAAGACUUUACAUAACAAAAUAACUCGUGUCCUUCAGUAAAGAGGUGAGGAAGAACUCUUAAAGCUAUGACACUGGCAAACUCGGUGCGAACCCCUAGAUUGCCUUCAUCCUUAACCUAUUUAUUUCUUUGUUAAAUUCUUCUGAUUGUUUCUUUAUAGAAUGUCUGGGGGGGGGGUCAAACUAUGAAAUAUUCCAAAUGUUUUCUAGAAGAUAGAUGCACUUAUUCCAUAAAUUAAUUAUCUCGGGAUAUUUCCCAGGGGUUGCUAAAAAAGUAGAUUGAGUAUAAAACUGUGGAAAAUAUGUGAUGAAGGCUUGUGGAGUAUCUUAAUAUCUGCUGAACAAACUAAAGGUGCACUGCUUUGGGAUUUAAUUUCCAGUAUUACUUGAUUCAUUGUAUCAUUGGAACAACUCAUACUUCACUACUUUAAUAAAGAAUUAACAGUA